UUGGCCUCUCUACACCUGCGGUAAAUCUCAACGAAUCCAUCGACCAAACCUCCGUUUGAUAGUCCCGACUAAAUUGAAAGUAAUAAAAACAAGAGAUCUGCCGGAAUCCGGUAAUCCGAGUUGACUCGCUCGAGUUAUAAUGGCGGAUCCGGCUUACUUUGCCCUAAGAAAAAUGCUACUCGAUGAGAUCACGCCGGUAGUCAUGGUUCUCCCUACGCCAUUAGUCGAACAGCGAUGUCAGAAAAACGGACUUUCUUUUGUUCAAAUGCUCACUCCUUUUUGCUAUUUCAACAAUAUUGACGUACCUGUUCGUACGGCGAGUGAUCAACCGUACAGGCUACAGAAGUUCAAGUUACGGAUGUUUUACGCAUCAGAUAUUCGGCAACCAAAUGUUGAGGUGACAAAGGAGCGGUUAAAACAGGUUAUUACUGAUGCAGGAAACACCGAGGAUCCUGACUUGUACUUAGAUCCGUCACCUAUUGAAACUAUGUCAAUCUCUUCAGAACCCGAAUUUGUACCGACAUGGUUUCAAUAUUUCAAUAAAGAGCUUGUACACAGUGUUUCCUUCUCCGAUCAUGAAACCUUUGAUCAUCCUGUUGCAUGCCUUUUGGUUGUCUCAUCAAAUGAUGAGGAUCCUAUCAACAAGUUUGUGGAUCUUUUCAACCCGAACAAGUUACCCUCACUUCUUAAUGAUGGUGCAAUGGAUCCAAAGAUUCCGAAAUACUUUAUUUUGGUUCAUGAUAACCAAGAUGGUUCCUCAGAGAGGGCAACCAAGAUUUUGGCAGAAAUGAGAAAUACGUUUGGGUCAAACGAUUGUCGUUUACUUUGUAUUAACUCCUCCCAAGAUGGAAUAGCUGAUCAUGAACCAAAUCCAUGGGAACAUUAUAGUUCUAAUAUUUCACCUGGUCAGCAUCUUGGAUGUUUGCUUAACAACGAGGAUGUGGAUGAGUUGAAGGAAUUUGUUCGUGAUUUAUCAUCCAAAGAUAUUAUUCCCAACAUGGAGCAAAGAAUCCGUGUUCUAAAUCAGCAGGUCUCUGCAACAAGAAAAGGUUUUAGAAACCAAAUAAAGAAUUUAUGGUGGAGAAAAGGGAAAGAGGAUACACAAGAGACUCAAAGUGUUGGCAUGUACACUUUCAACUCAAUUGAAUCUCAGAUAAGGGUAUUGGGUGAUUAUGCUUUCAUGUUACGAGAUUAUGAACUCGCUCUAUCAAACUAUCGCCUGCUAUCCACUGAUUACAAGCUUGACAAAGCAUGGAAACGAUAUGCUGGCGUACAGGAAAUGAUGGGAUUGACGUACUUCAUGCUAAACCAAUCAAAAAAAGAUGCAGAAUAUUGCAUGGAAAAUGCCUUCAGUACUUACUUACGUAUUGGGACACCAGGCAAGGGAAACGCCACAAGGUGUGGGCUUUGGUGGGUUGAAAUGUUAAAGACAAGUGGGCAGUAUAAAGAUGCUGCUGGUGUUUACUUCCGUAUCUCUGGUGAGGAACCUCUUCAUUCAGCCGUGAUGCUUGAGCAAGCAUCUUAUUGCUACCUUUUAUCCAAACCACCCAUGUUACGGAAGUAUGGAUUUCAUCUCAUUCUCUCUGGUGAUCUGUACAAGAAAUGUGAUCAGAUAAAACACGCGAUUCGUGCAUACAGAAAUGCUCUUUCUGUAUUUAAAGGAACAACAUGGAGUCAUAUUCAUGAUCAUGUCCAUUUCCAAAUUGGAAAGUGGUAUGCUUUUCUUGGAAGGUUUGACGUGGCCAUGAAACAUAUGCUGGAAAUCGUGGCUUGCAGCCAUCAAUCGAAGCCAAUGCAAGAAUUAUUUAUGAAGGAUUUUUUCCAAAUUCUGCAGAAAACAGGCAAAACAUAUAAGAUACCACGACUUCAGUUGCCAGUUGUCGAUAUCUCUUCACUCAAUAUUGUUUCUGAAGAUCAUCGAACUUAUGGAUCACUUGCUGCUGUCAGUGUUAAAGAAAGUGUUUGGCAGACUUUGGAAGAGGAAAUGGUUCCAUCUUUAUCUAAUGUCAAGACUACAUGGUUGGAUGUACAGUCAAAGCUUCUACCAAAUAAACUUAAACAAUCAAACGUCUGUGUGGCAGGAGAAGCUCUGAAGGUGGAAAUUGCAUUCAAAAACCCUCUCCAACUCUCUAUUCCCAUUUCUAAUGUUAUGCUAAUGUGUGAGCAUUCAGAAAAUCGGACACUACCGGAUGCAAACAACUCGUCUUCUGUAGAUCAGGGUGUUGAAGAUGUGAAAACAGCAACUGUAAGAGAGCUCAGCUCAGACACAUCGCUUUUUACAACAUCUGAGGUUGACAUAGUGUUGGCUGGCGGUGAGACGACUCUGGCUCAGUUAAGUGUUAUUCCUAGAAAAGAAGGCCGGCUAACAAUAACUGGUGUGAGUUGGAAACUGUCUGAUUCAAUGAUUGGCGUUUACUUUUUUGAGCCAGAGUUGAUAAAGAAAAAAAUGUCUAAACAAAAAAGAAAAGCUAUGCAAAACACCAGUAAACUCGAGUUUUUAGUUAUCAAGAGCCUACCCAGACUUGAGGGUGUUAUUAACAACCUACCGGCAACUGUUUAUGCUGGAAAUUUACAACGUCUAUCACUGGAACUGAGGAACUCAUCAGAGAUUCCCGUGAAGAAUUUAAAGAUGAAGAUCAGUCAUCCCAGAUUUCUAAACAUAGGAAAUCCGGAAGUAUUGGAUGUAAAGUUUCCUGCCUGCCUGGAGAAGGACAAAUCAUCUGUACAUAAAGAUGCAGAUCUUGAUACCACUAAACAAUCAGAAAGUGUAUUCCAUUUUCCCGAGGAUACAGCAAUUCAUAAGGGAACCCCCUUCUUUUUGCCUCUUUGGUUCCGGGCAGCUACUCCUGGAAACGUGUCUUUGUAUCUUACAGUAUAUUAUGAGAUUGAAGACAAAUCGAUUGCUAUGCGAUAUCGCACUUUACGUACACAUCAUAUGUUGGAGGUGCUACCAUCAUUGGAUGUAUCAUUUCACAUAAGCCCUUGUCCUACAAGGUUGCAAGAGUAUAUCGUGCGUAUGGAUGUAAUAAACAGGACUAGUUUGAGGAGCUUGAAGCUUCAUCAAUUAUCGUCUGUCGGGAAUGAAUGGCAGAUUUCUUUAAUUGAAUCCAUUGAAGACAUUUUCCCUUCAGGAAACUUGGUUGCUGGUCAGGCUCUUUCAUGUUUUCUCAAGCUCAAGAAUGUGAAGACAACAGAAACUAAUAGAGAGGCAAGCAGGGGGGAUGGGACUGGUGUUUGGUUGAGUCAUAGCAGCUGUGAAUCAAUCUAUGAUACACAAUGUGCGCCUCUUGUGAAUUUCCACCAUUAUGAACAACUGCAUCAGAAAACUUCACGUCAGGAACAUCAUAGCACAGUCGACUUUAUGUUGAUUUCCCAGAUGGAUGAAAGUGAAAAUGAUUCUUCUGACUUCCCUACCACCCCACAAAUCUUUUCUCACCACGCCUGUCAUUGCAGUGUUUCAACCAAGAGACCAAUAUGGUGGCUACUUGAUGGCCCACGGAUCAUCCACCAUAGUUUUACUGAUACCUUCUGUGAGACAAAACUCAAAAUGACAAUUCACAACUCUUCAAGUUUUAUUGCUUCUGUUCGUAUUAGCACACUUGAUUCCCCUCCUGGUAGUUCACCAUCAGCAAACAAAGUCGGUUGGCACGAUAUGUCCAGUCCAUCUAUGGACAUCGGAGUUCCUGCACCUGACAUAACCGGAACCAAUACAGGAAAACCCGUCUCACUAGAGUCCGUUCCUCCUUUUAUUUGGUCGGGGUCAAGCACCACCAGGGUGAAACUUGAUCCCAAUUCCACCUCUGAAAUAUCUCUACUGGUCACUACAUUUGCUCCUGGUACUUACGAUCUUUCCAACUACACAUUAAAUUGGAAUCUUCUUGACUGUAAUGAUGCCCGUGAAAAAGAAGGGACGUGUCAUGGACAUCCGUUUUAUCUGACCGUAUUGCGGGAGGAAUGAAUGUUUUGUGGCUUUGAUAUUUUUGGGUUUUGAUUUGUUUUUGAGGGUGGGGCGUGGUGUAGUAUUUCAGUUGUAAAAUUUGUUGUUAUAAAUGUGUUUAUAGAACAAGAUAGAAAAGUUGGUUGGAUACGAGGGCAUUAUAUAAAAUUUUUGUUAUAUUUAUUUAUAGCCAACAGGUUAAUAAGAACAAUUGAAUGGUUGAAAUUUGAUUAAUCUAAUUUAGCUGAA